UAAGGGAAUUGUGUAUUAAAUUGACAUAGUUAGACUUUUAAAGGGCUUCUUCAGGUCCCGCACCCAUUUGUUAAAUUUUUCAUCCAAUUCCAAAACCGAAUUUUCUCUUGAAAAAUUCACAGAAAAAGACGAAGACUCAGUGUUUUCAUUUGUCCAUCAAUAUCCCACUCCCCUUUGCACCCACCUGUCCCUUCAUCGCGUGAUUCACUUCCCGGUGCUGGAUAUUCUGUUUCUGUUUCUGAGUGUAAUUGUUUGCCAACCGUGGUUUAAAUCUAUAGCCCUCAUCCUUGCAAUCACCUCCUACACAAGACACAUUUAAUAUGGACACCAAAACAACGACCGCGACCGCAGCCUCGUCGACCGCUCCCGUGACAGCGGCACCCCAUGUGCAUCCGGGCCAUGACACAGUAGAAAUCGACUAUGAAGCCUUACCGCCAGAUGCCUCAUUGGCGGCCCAUCUCACGGCGGGGGCAUUCGCCGGAAUCAUGGAACACACGGUGAUGUUCCCCAUCGACUCGCUCAAGACCAGAAUGCAAAUUAUCUCCAGAACCCCCAAAUUCAACUCCAGCUUGGUACAAUCCAUUUCUAAAAUCUCUUCUACUGAAGGGGCAUAUGCCCUCUGGAGAGGUGUGUCAUCGGUGGUGUUAGGAGCGGGUCCAGCGCAUGCGGUGUACUUUUCGGUGUUUGAAGCGUCUAAAACCUUCUUGGUGAACAAUUUCACCACAUCUCGAAACCGCAGCCGAAUCGUCACCGACGAAAACCACCCGUUGAUUGCGUCGGGAGCAGGUAUUGCCGCCACCAUCGCGUCCGAUGCCCUCAUGACGCCCUUUGACGUGCUCAAACAAAGAAUGCAAGCAUCUCAUAUCGCCGACUCCAAGUCUGCCAAUACCGUUAAGCUCUUCCACACCGCCAAAGCGUUGUACCGGCAUGAGGGGUUUUCCGCCUUCUUUAUCUCGUACCCCACCACCUUGUUCACAAGCAUCCCGUUUGCGGCGUUGAACUUUGGCUUUUAUGAAUACUCCAGUUCCAUACUAAACCCAGAUGGUAACUAUAAUCCAUAUUUGCACUGUGUAUCAGGAGCGGUGGCCGGUGGAGUUGCGGCGGCCCUCACCAACCCUUUGGACGUGAUCAAGACCGCGUUGCAGACCCGAGGUAUAUCCAAUAUUGCCAGUAUAAAAAACAGUACGGGCUUCACCUCUGCUUUGAAAGCGUUGUACCGGGAAGGGAAAAUGAAGAUUUUUCUUCGAGGCUUGAAGCCUCGGAUUGUGUUUAACGUGCCAUCGACAGCCAUCUCGUGGACGGCCUAUGAAAUGGCCAAGGAGGUGUUGUUGAAAAACUGAGCUGAUGGUGUUCUCUUUUCUUUCUGUUGUAUUAGUUCCUGUAGAUAUUAUACACCAUUGUUUGAUGAACCUGAUAGGCGCUAUGGCCUAUAUCUGACCUAUUUCUCGCGGUAUAGGCUUCCUCUAAGGCCAGCCUAGGCCUGAAUGGCUCUGAUUAAUGCGUUGGCCCUGGCAAUAUGGGCUAUUUCUCGUGGAUUUCUCAGCAAUCGUUGAGCAAGCACCGAGAACGCCACACAUGACCCAAGGAACCCAAGGAGAUUGAAGAAGGCUGCUCGGGAGUAAAGUCGCUCUUCCUCUUCGGUACGGAACGACAUAAAGAUCUUUCGAAUGCUGUUGAGAAUCAUUAUGGUGUGAUAUAGUUUUCGCGACAACCAAAAAGUCAAACAAAAAUAUAAACUCUGCUCACAACUGUGAUCGGUAUCGAGUUCUUCAAACGAGUUGAAGUUCGUAUAUUGCACUCAAGUACCUCCCCACUAAUGGAAGAUCAACCGUCCGACACGGCUCCCAUACGAUAAAUUACUUUACCGUUAGUUUCUGAUGCCGUGCACCCAGCGUUUCACGCCUGGAGCUCUCAAGAGCACAUUGUGGCGUGCGGCUGGUGGUACUGAUACCGCCACCCGCACGCCCUGGACGGAGAGAAUCACCGAAUUUCCCACCCGCGUUUCGUACUCGAACUGAGUCUUGUGUGAACGGGUAAAUACGAACAGUCGCGACAAGAGUCGAGCCGCGGCGCCAGAGCGUCGCAAACCCGG